AUGCCACCAUGUCUCACUUCCCCUCAGCACCAAAACAAAACCCUUUCCAAGGCCAAAGGCUUCAGGCUUCAGGCUUCAGACCAACCAGCACAACGCGUCGACGUACUAGGCAUGCCGUCCCGCCUGCUCCAAGCCUGGUUCCCAUGGACCCAGUCCCCCGUGAUUUGCAACGGGCCAAUGCUCGGCGCCGCGACACCCAAGCUAGCCGCGGAAGUCACCAAAGCCGGCGGCAUAGGCUUCCUCCCCUCCGUGUACGACCUGACCCCGUCCUCGGCGCACCUCGCCACCCUCGCCUCCGACCUGCAAGAGAGCCGAGCGCUCCUGGGCACCGCCCCGUCAGGCACCGCCCGCGUCGGCGUCAGCUUCAUCACCGGCCACCAGAGCAUCUCUCGAUUCGACGAGACGGCCCUGCCGAUCCUCGCUGAGCACCGCCCCGCCGCCGUGUGGCUCUUCGCUCCCGACGGCCAGGUCAAGCCCCACGCGAGCAUCAUCCGCUCGCUCAGGGCGUUGAGCCCCGCCCCCCCGAGGGUGUUCGUACAGGUGGGCAACGUCGGCGCCGCGGUGGAGGCGCUGCGCGACGGGGCCGACGCGCUCGUCUGCCAGGGCGUCGACGCGGGGGGGCACCAGUUCCGCCGGGGGAUGGGGGUGGUGAGCUUCGUGCCGGAGGUGAGGGCGCUGCUGGAGCGGGGGGGCGAGUUUGAGGCGAGCGAGGUGUGCGUCUUGGCGGCGGGGGGGAUCGCGACCGAGAGGGGGGUUGCCGCGGCUCUGGCCUUGGGCGCCGACGGCGUUGUCAUGGGCACGAGGUUUGCCGUCGCGGUGGAGUCGAGCUAUCCAGACUUUCGGAAGCAGAUUGUCCUCGACACCGUCGACGGCGGCACCCGCACACUCAAAUCGCCGUUCAACGACCAGGUCAGCAGCCUCACGCUGUGGGGACCGCUGUACGACGGCCGAGCGGUUGUCAGCUGCAUCCAUGAGCGGUUCCUGGACGGCGCCACGGUCCAGGAUUUGCAGACGAGCUUGAAGGAAGACUACUCGAGCGAGGAGGCCGCGAAGCUCGUCAAGACGUGGGCCGGCACCGGCGUCGGUCUUGUCAAGAAGGCGAUGCCGGCGGGGGAGAUUGUUGUGGAGGUUCGCGAGGGGGCCAAGCAGAGGAUCCGGAUGCUCGCAACCGAGCUGUGA